GUUCCUGCGCGCUGCCCACGCCGCGCGGCGCGAGGUAAGCCGGGUCCUCGGGCGGGGCGGGGCGGCCGCAUCCCCGUGACGCGCGGACCAACCAGGCGGCGUUGCGGCUCAGGCUCCCUCCGCCGCCGCUGCCGGCCGCCUUCCCGCCGCCGCCAGCAGCCGGGCCCGUCCGCCCGCCGUACGGAGCUCCGCCGCCCGCUGCCCGCGCCGGCCGCAUGGCGCUCCGGAGCUUCUGCAGCGCCGAGGGCGCCGAGCCCUUCUGGGACUGGAACCUCACGUGGUACACCAGCAACCCCGACUUCACCAAGUGCUUUCAGAACACCGUCCUCGUAUGGGUGCCUUGUUUCUACCUCUGGGUCUGCUUCCCCUUCUACUUCCUCCACCUCUCCCGCCAUGACAGGGGCUACAUCCAGAUGACGCAUCUCAACAAAGCCAAAACCGCCUUGGGGUUCCUGCUGUGGAUUGUCUGCUGGGCAGAUCUCUUCUACUCUUUCUGGGAAAGAAGUCAGGGUGAGCCCCUGGCCCCAGUGUUGCUGGUCAGCCCAACCCUCCUGGGCAUCACCAUGCUGCUCGCCACCUUCCUAAUACAGCUCGAGAGGAGGAAGGGGGUGCAGUCCUCAGGGAUCAUGCUCACUUUCUGGCUCAUAGCCCUACUGUGCGCCCUGGCCAUCCUGAGAUCCAAAAUCAUGACUGCCUUAAAAGAGGUCGCCCAGGUGGACCUGUUUCGCGACCUCACUUUCUACAUCUACUGCUUCCUCGUACUGGUCCAGCUUGUGCUGUCCUGUUUCUCAGACCGCUCGCCCCUGUUCUCCGAAACCAUCAACGACCCGAAUCCCUGCCCGGAGUCCGGCGCCUCCUUCCUUUCCAGGAUCACCUUCUGGUGGAUUACAGGGCUGAUGGUGCGGGGUUAUCGCCAUCCCCUGAAGGACAGCGACCUGUGGUCUCUAAACAAGGAGGACACGUCAGAGCAGGUGGUACCUGUUUUGGUGAAGAACUGGAAGAAGGAAUGUGCCAAAUCCAGGAGGCAGCCGGCGAAGGUCAUGUAUUCCUCCACCAAGGAGCCCGCCAAGUCCAAAGGGAGCUCCAAGACGGACGUGAACGAGGAGGUGGAGGCUUUGAUUGUCAAGUCACCCCAGAAGGAGCGGGAUCCCUCCUUGUUCAAGGUCCUGUACAAGACCUUUGGGCCCUACUUCCUCAUGAGCGCCUUGUUCAAGGCCAUCCAUGACCUGAUGAUGUUUGCUGGCCCCGAGAUCUUAAAGCUGCUCAUCAAGUUUGUGAAUGACUCCGAGGCCCCUGACUGGCAGGGCUACUUCUACACGGCACUGCUCUUCAUCAGCACCUGCCUGCAGACCCUGGUGCUGCACCAGUACUUCCAUAUCUGCUUCGUGAGUGGCAUGCGCAUCAAGACGGCUGUCGUUGGCGCCGUCUACCGCAAGGCCCUGGUGAUUACGAACUCGGCCAGAAAGUCCUCCACGGUGGGCGAGAUUGUCAACCUCAUGUCUGUGGACGCCCAGAGGUUCAUGGACCUGGCCACGUACAUUAACAUGGUCUGGUCAGCCCCUCUGCAAGUCAUACUUGCUCUCUACCUCCUGUGGCUGAACCUGGGUCCUUCCGUGCUGGCCGGGGUGGCCGUGAUGAUCCUCAUGGUGCCUUUCAACGCUGUGAUAGCGAUGAAGACCAAGACCUACCAGGUGGCGCACAUGAAGAGCAAAGACAACCGGAUUAAACUCAUGAAUGAGAUUCUCAACGGGAUCAAGGUGCUGAAGCUGUAUGCCUGGGAGCUGGCGUUCAAGGACAAGGUGAUGGACAUCCGACAGGAGGAGCUGAAGGUGCUGAAGAAGUCCGCCUACCUGUCAGCCGUGGGCACCUUCACCUGGGUCUGCACCCCUUUCCUGGUGGCCCUGUCCACAUUUGCCGUCUACGUGACUAUCGACGAGAACAACAUCCUGGAUGCCCAGAAAACCUUCGUGUCCUUGGCCUUGUUCAACAUUCUCCGCUUCCCACUCAACGUCCUCCCCAUGGUCGUCACCAGCAUUGUGCAGGCCAGCGUCUCCCUCAAGCGCCUCAGGAUCUUCCUGUCCCAUGAGGAGCUGGAGCCCGACAGCAUCGAACGGAGACCCAUCAAGGAUGGUGGCAGCACCAACAGCAUCACCGUGAAGAAUGCCACUUUCACCUGGGCCCGGGACGAGCCUCCCACGCUGAACGGGAUCACCUUCUCCAUCCCAGAAGGUGCCCUGGUGGCCGUGGUGGGCCAGGUGGGCUGCGGCAAGUCAUCCCUGCUCUCGGCUCUCCUGGCCGAGAUGGACAAGGUCGAGGGACACGUGGCUCUCAAGGGCUCCGUGGCCUACGUGCCCCAGCAGGCCUGGAUUCAGAACGACUCUCUGCGCGAGAACAUUCUGUUCGGCCGCCCACUGCAGGAGCGCUAUUACAACGCUGUGGUCGAAGCUUGUGCCCUCCUCCCGGACCUGGAGAUCCUGCCCAACGGAGACCGAACAGAGAUCGGGGAGAAGGGCGUGAACCUGUCCGGGGGCCAGAAGCAGCGCGUGAGCCUGGCACGGGCCGUGUACUGCAACUCCGACAUCUACCUCCUCGACGACCCCCUCUCGGCUGUGGACGCCCACGUGGGCAAGCACAUCUUUGAAAACGUGGUCGGCCCCAGGGGCCUGCUGAAGCACAAGACGCGGGUCCUGGUCACACACGGCAUCAGCUUCCUACCACAAGUGGACGUCAUUAUGGUGAUGAGUGGUGGCAAGAUCUCCGAGAUGGGCUCCUACCAGGAGCUGCUGGCCCAGGAAGGGGCCUUCGCCGAGUUCCUGCGCACCUACGCCAGCGCCGAGCAGGAGCAGACGGCAAAGGAUGAGGGACUGCCGGGUGGCGGCGGCCCGGGGAAGGAGAUGAAGCAGAUGGAGAACGGCGUGCUGGUGACCGACGGCGUGGGGAGGCCCCUGCAGAGACAGCUCAGCAGUUCUUCCAGACAGCUCAGCAGCAGCGGGGACCUCAGCAAGCACCACAACAGCACCUCCGAGGUGCAGAAGCCGGGGGCCCCAAAGGAGGAGACCUGGAAGCUGGUGGAGGCGGACAAGGCCCAGACAGGGCAGGUCAAGCUGUCCGUGUACUGGGACUACAUGAAGGCCAUCGGGCUCUUCAUCUCCUUCCUGAGCAUCUUCCUCUUCCUGUGUCACCACGUCUCCGCCCUGGUCUCCACCUACUGGCUCAGCCUGUGGACGGACGACCCCAUCGUCAACGGGACCCAGGAGCACACCGACGUCCGCCUGGGUGUCUAUGGGGCCCUGGGCAUUUCACAAGGCAUCACCGUGCUCGGUUACUCCAUGGCCGUGUCCGUUGGGGGCAUCUUUGCCUCCCGCCGCCUGCACCUGGACAUACUGCACAACGUGCUGCGGUCACCCAUGAGCUUCUUUGAGCGCACGCCCAGCGGGAACCUGGUGAACCGCUUCUCCAAGGAGCUGGACACGAUCGACUCCAUGAUCCCACAGGUCAUCAAGAUGUUAAUGAACUCGCUCUUCAAUGUCCUGGGCGCCUGCAUUAUGAUCCUGGUGGCCACGCCCAAGGCCGCUGUUGUCAUCCCCCCCCUGGGCCUCAUCUACUUCUUCGUCCAGAGGUUCUACAUUGCCUCGUCGCGGCAACUGAAGCGCCUGGAGUCGGUGAGCCGCUCCCCCGUGUACUCACACUUCAGCGAGACGCUGCUGGGCGUGAGCGUCAUCCGGGCCUUCGAGGAGCAAGAGCGCUUCAUCCGCCAGAACGAUCUGAAGGUGGACGAGAACCAGAAGGCCUACUACCCCAGCAUCGUGGCCAACAGGUGGCUGGCCGUGCGGCUGGAGUUCGUGGGCAACUGCAUCGUCCUGUUCGCCGCGCUGUUCACGGUCAUCUCCCGGCACGGCCUCAGAGCCGGCCUGGUGGGCCUCUCCGUGUCUUACUCGCUGCAGGUCACCGCGUACUUGAACUGGCUGGUACGGAUGUCGUCUGAGAUGGAGACCAACAUCGUAGCUGUGGAGAGACUGCAGGAGUAUUCCGAGACUGAGAAGGAGGCUCCCUGGCAGAUUGAGGAGACUGCUCCGCCCAGCAGCUGGCCCCAGGUGGGCCGGGUAGAAUUCCGGGACUACAGCCUCCGGUACCGGGAAGACCUGGACCUGGUUCUUAAGCAUAUCAACGUCACCAUCAAUGGUGGCGAGAAGGUUGGGAUUGUGGGGCGGACAGGAGCAGGGAAGUCCUCCCUGACCCUGGGCUUGUUUCGGAUCAAUGAGUCGGCGGAAGGCGAGAUCGUCAUUGACGGCGUCAACAUCGCCAAGAUCGGCCUGCACAACCUGCGUUUCAAGAUCACCAUCAUCCCCCAGGACCCAGUGUUGUUCUCUGGUUCCCUGCGUAUGAACCUGGACCCAUUCAGCCAGUACUCGGACGAGGAGGUGUGGACAUCCCUGGAGCUGGCACACCUGAAGGACUUCGUGUCCGGCCUGCCCGACAAGCUGAACCACGAGUGUGCAGAAGGUGGAGAGAACCUGAGUGUCGGGCAGCGCCAGCUCUUGUGCCUGGCGCGGGCUCUGCUGCGGAAGACGAAGAUCCUGGUGCUGGAUGAGGCCACGGCGGCCGUGGACCUGGAGACCGAUGACCUCAUCCAGUCCACCAUCCGGACACAGUUCAAUGACUGCACCGUGCUCACCAUCGCGCACCGGCUCAACACCAUCAUGGACUACAACAGGGUGAUUGUCCUGGACAAAGGGGAAGUGCGAGAGUGCGGCCCCCCGUCCGAGCUCCUGCAGCAAAAGGGGCUGUUCUACAGCAUGGCCAAAGACGCAGGCUUGGCGUGAGCCUCGGAGCUGGUGUGCCCUGUCACCACUGCCGGACCCACCACCAGCGUUCUCUCGGAGAGUCCGGCUUCCUGCAGCGAAACCAAACACACACACAAACCAAACCCCGGAAACCAAAACUCUCCAGGAGCAUGAGCCACCCUCCAGCCCUCCGCCUCACGUCGACCUUGAAGAAACGGGAGAAAUACGACCCAGAGAUGCAACCCACCCAAAACACGCACACUUACCUGCAGUCCCCUGGAGAGAGCCAACUUGGCACACGCAGGGCCGUGAAAGACGCUUAUGACCAGAUCCAGACACCUGCCUCAGAGCUCUCCAGCCUAAAUUUCGGCGGGGGAGGUGCGGGAGUGGGGUGUCAGGGCUCAGAGAAGCCCCUGGCCCCCGCCCACUCUCCGCACCAUCCCCCAUGGUUUUGAGCGCUUGGGGCUGCAAUGUGGAGGCUGGGGGGGCCUGAUGGUGGACAUUGUUGUCACCCCCGGGCAGUGUCCUGGGGGCUUGAACUGUCCCCUCACCGACCAUGGGUCUUCCA